UUGUGUAUAGCUAGUUGGUGUUUGUGAUUUACAUGAUUUUACCAAAUAACGAAAAAAAAAAAAAAUCUUGUCUCUUACUAUUUCCUGUUGCGUGGCAUUAAUUAGAGAUAGCAAAUGUUUUGCUGUCAAAAUAAUGAAACCCCAACACUAUUAAAGUGACAACAUCCAAAUUGGGGUUUUAAAAAUGUUCUUGAUCUUGAUCAAAGCUAUCUUACUCCGUUCUUAUGUUUCGAUUUCUUCAAAAAGAUGUUAAGCAUUUCCAACCAACUUCCGUCAACCUGCCACCACCUUCUGCCGGUGAUCCCUUCGGUGCUGCGCCACCACUGCUCAACCACCUAUAUCGGCUUCCCUUUCUCCAUCGUCCACCGUCCACCAUCCACCGCCGAGGUGUUGGAGCUGCUACCCCAACUUUCUUUGUUCUUGUUUCCUCUGCCACUUCUAUAUAUGUCGUUGUUGCUAUUGAUGGUUGAGCCUUCUUCUCAGACUGCAAAUAUGCCUCGUCAUACUCGGAGGAAGCUCGCCGAAUUUUCGGUGGUUCGAGCUGCUGAGGAGGACGCUUCGGACGAUGAAGCGGCUGCGAUAAAUGCUCCGGAUGGGGGUAUGAUUCCCCCGAGAGCACCCACUUUUGUUGGUACUGGCUGGAGUCGUUCCGAUCUGGUGUUUCAACCGGAGUUUCACUUGUCUCAGCGGCCUCGCGCUGGCUUGGCUGAUGGAGAGCCGUUUCGCACAUUCUGGUCCUUGGCGGAGCUUCAGAAGGCUUUUGCAGCCAUCCGUGCGGACGAGGAGGCCAUGGAGAUCUGGUUGCAGACGGGCCUGGUUGACUUCUGGCGUGCCAUGGGAGGUACUUCGAGGAGAAUGGGGAUCAAACCCCGGCUAUGGGCUUUGUUAGAGCGGUGGUGGGAUACCACCAACACUUUUCAUAUGGCAUGGGGGGAGAUCACCAUUACCCCUUUUGAGUUUUCCAUGAUUACGGGUUUUCCUUUUUCUGAGAGGAAUGUGACCCAUGAUUCGGAGCUGACGUGGCUGCUCUGUGGAGUGUGCUGGAGAUUUGGAUAUAUGAGCACUUUCCGACUUUGGCGCCAGAUCGUACUGGAGAUGCGGCUUACCCGUAUGCUGCUUCUUGGAUAGGAGCGGUGCGCAGGAGGGUGCCUCUGGCGGCCUCCCGCAGAGCUUGGAGAGUUCUACCUGCUGAUGAGGUGGUGUGGCGCCCUUUUACCAAUGCGCCUGUACCUGCCUCGGCUGCUCGCGCCCAUUUCUUGUCUGGACGGCGCGUUUUGCUCCCAGGGGUGUACCGCCACAUGUGGAUGUGGGGGAGCGAGUGUCCCUUCAGCACAAUUCAGGGAAUAGGUUUGUCCCCAAGGACCCACCGGAGUCCAUGCUGGCGCCGGAUGAAGAUCUUGCCCGGCUCUAUGUGAAUGCUAGGGGCGAUGCUAUUUGCUGCUCUUGGAGGGAAUUUGUACAAAGGAAGGGUAGCUAUGACGACUUCCUGAGGAGGCUGGCUCCACCAGUACACUUCGUACUGCCGGAGGAGGAGGUUGAUCCUGAGGACAUUCCCCAUGCUGAUAGGAUCCUCCGCUAUGAGAACUCGGACGGGGAACAGGUGGAGGUGACCAUUCCUGUAGCUUCUCCUCCGCACCGGAGAUCGUAUGAUGCUGUACCUGAGCAUUAUGCCGUUGCGCCUCGGGUGAGAGUGCGUCGCUGGAUGCUCUUGAUUGAUUCCUGGAAGAGGUAUUGUGCCAAGCUGACCCAAAAGCUUUCUGGCCGGGAUAGAGAGGAGCGCCGUCGAGAUCGUAGAGGAUCCGUUGACAGGGAGCCAAAGGGAGAGACUUUCUCGAGGCAAAAGGGACCGAGCUUGGACCUAGGACAGGGGUCCGGUGCUGGUGUUCGUCAGAGGCAUUCGGAUGCUGAUCGGGAAGCUGCCCCUUUUGUACACGCUGAUCCUACCAGGCAUUCGUUUGGAGGUGCAAGCAGUUCGAGGCCCUUUGUUUCUCCUCCCGGUUACUACUUCGGAGGGAGUGGUCCUCAGCCUUGGGGUGCGGAUUCAUGGGCUUACUAUGCGGAGAUGGAGAGGAUGCGUCAGGCUCACAUGUUUGCGCUGUACCAGUUCAUUGCGAUGCCGCCGCCUUAUCAGUAUCCUUCUCCUCAGUAGGGAGUUCAUCUCUCUCCUGGCACUCUUCGUAUCUCGGAGCAGGAUCCUAGUACCCCUGGAACAGAGCUGGAUCGGGAUCUGGAGCGCCUUAGGAGGCGAAACAGGGACAAGGAGCCUGUGGUGGACGUUACAACUGAUGAUGACUCGGACUAACCCUGCAUGGUAGCGAGUUCUAGCUUGCCUGGGUUGUUUUUGUAUAGGCUGGGUUGUAUUUGUAUGGAUUUGUAUGGUUAGGAACUUGAAUUUUUGUAUGGUUGUAUGGUUUUGAACUUGAAUUGGUUUGGAAUUUUUUUGAAGAUUGGCUUUUGUAUGUUUGAAUGUU